ACGAUAUAUUCAUCUUUGUUUAAAAACCAACAGGUGGUUGAGCUUCACGUUGGGGAGUCCAAGUAUUCGCAAUAUAAAUUGAUUUGCUGGUUCAAUGUCACGGGUUAUAUGGAAUUCGGAUAUCGAUGUUUACGAUCCUAAGGUUAUUCCUAUACUGGUUGCCAGAUGUAUUUCAAAGUACUUGUGUGUUCAGGAUCUCGUGAUAUUCGGUAAGGUAUCUAAGAACACAUACAAGACGGUGAAUGAUCCUCAGCUUUGGAUAUCCAAAUUGAAGGAUUUGAAAUGCUGGGACAAGGCCGGUCUACCAUUGAAUGAAACCAAACUUGGGAAAAUGGACUUUAGCCAUUUAUCAAAUCCAUUGACUUGUUUUGAUAAAACAUUGAAGAUUCCCAAAGCGGCCAAGUUCCAGGUUUUGAAGAUACAUCAAGCAUUGUAUCCUUAUUAUACCGACUUGCAGUUGAAUAAACCUUAUGAUCAAUUGAGGAUUUUUAAAGACUUUCAAACCCCAGAAGAACAAUCUAAGAUAUUAACAAAUCUUCUUCGAUAUAAUAAUAUAGAUGUUUAUGAAGAUAGCAGUAUAAUGGUGAAAGAUAAAAUCAAUUCCAUUCUAGAGAUCUUUGAAAAUGCCUUAUUGAGAGAACUUGAAAUUCAUUACGAUAUUCAAGAUUACGAAAAGACAAAUCAGUUCGUCAAGAUACUUAUUAACUUAGGUAAUCAGCAGACGUUAAUUGAUUUCUUUCUACAGAAAAGUAUAUUUGACAAUGAAGAAAGUAAAUUUUUCAAUUUUGAUGCUUUCGAUGCUGACAGUUUUUAUAAGCUUGCAGACGAUUCUGGAGCAUCUAAUUCUGCAAAUGAUAUCAAUGACACUAAUGAAGAAACUUUUACUUUGAAUGCCGAAAGAUUCAAUGAAUUUACUGAGGAUUUGGUGGACGUUUUCAAUGAGGAAGUAAGAAUCAUUGAUUUGAUUUUCCCCCAAUCAGUUCCAAUGAUGUAUAAAGUUAGUGAAGAGCUUAUUUCUAAUCAACUAGUGGAGCUUAUAAUGUUGAUAAUAGAUACUGCGAGAACAAAAGGUACUUAUUUAAAAACUGUUCCUUAUUUAUAUGAUAAGUUAGUUAAUGAUUUUAUUCCAAAAUUAAAUCCAAGUGAAAACGUUGGAGAAAGUUAUCAUCGUUUGAUAUUGGAAUUGAUUGAUAUGUCAUUUGAAUCAUUCGCAUCAGAGUAUAUGAGAGAUGAGAUACUCAAUUUUAGAAAUUAUGUCAAUGAAAAUAUCACCAAUUGGAAUGAAACCAUAACGAAAAGGGAAAAUGAUACUUCGGAAAACAUUUGGAAGCACGUUAAAGUUCAAACCAAAAACGAUUUUUUGACCAGUUUCAAAAAAGUAUUCACAAUUAAUCCAGCUUCAUCACAGAGUAAGAGCGAGCCAGAAAAUGAUAAGAAUGAUGCUGAGAAUUAUUCCGAAAUUCAAGCUAAAGCAAAGAUUUUAUCCGAAAAUAUCAAAUCUUUAAAUAAAAUUUUCAGUCCCGAGCUUUCGUUGGAUAUUUUAAAUGAAGCAAAAGUGUCAUUAGGUCGACUUUUGAAAUUUAAAGAAUAUACAAUUGCUGCUUUGAAAAGUGACGCUUAUAGGUUCAUGCAAGAAAUAUUCUUAACUGUAAUUGACUCGAUUGGUGGAGACCAUUUAAGACCGGGUUUCAUCAAGGCAUUACAGUAUUUACAAAACUAUAAUCCAAAAGAUAUGACUUAUAUAAAUACGCCAACUGAAUCAUUUAUAGAACCAUUAGUUUUAUUUUUUGAUCUGAUUAAUAUGGCUGAUUUAAUUAUUCAAAUGAUUGAUAUUUUCUAUAAAGAGGAAAUGAUUAAUAGAAAGGCUGUGAAACAAGAAAAUUCCAUUUUGAAUCCAUCUUUGCAAAGUAAAAAAAAGCUAGAAGGCUUAGUUGAUAAAUAUGUGGCUGAUGGUUUAAAUGUUGGUAUUGAUAUUUUGAUAGAUGAGAUUGAAGCAACUUUCAGAAACGGACUCAAAGAACAAGACUAUAAUCCUCCUAUUGAUACUUCGACCAUCUUCGAUGGCCCUACAAAACCUGCUAGAACAGCAGUUAAAAUUCUCGAAGAUAACAUCGAUUUACUAGUCGGAAGUGCUGAUAAAUCUAUUGUGGAUGUUUUCCAACAAGAAAUCGCUGAGCGAUUCUUUCAAAUCAUUGUUAAGGUAUUGAAAAGAAGUACUAUUUCAGUUACCGGCGCAAUCAAUUUGAUUUCAGACUUAAACUUAUACUAUGACUUUAUCGUUGAGCACAUUAAAACAAACAAAAAACUCGUGUACCCUCUAUUCCAAUCUUUAAAGAAGGUCGGAAGUAUUUACUUAAUAAGUGGAAGCGAAUCCAAAUCAAUCGGGAAAUUGGUUAGUGAUUUAUCUAAAUUCAAUGGUAUCUUUGGUCAAGAAGAGAUUUACGAAUUCGUUCAAAGGAGACAAGACUGGCCCUUGAUUAAACGAGACGUCGAAAAAGUGAUGUACGGUCUAUCCUUAGGCGACUGUAGGAUAGCAUAACACUUAGUAAUAAACUCU